AUGGCUCCAAGCCUAAGCAAGAACAAUGCCACAGACGUAAUGGGCCUUGUAAACAACAACUCACCACUGUCAAUAACACUACAAGGCACAAACUUCCUCGCCAACGGCUGCCCAAUCCUCACUGAAGUCCCACUAAACAUCACAGCCACUCCAUCACCAAACAAAACCACCGUGGGCUGCUUCAUUGGCUUCGACGCCGACGAGCCCAAAAGCCGCCAUGUGGCGCCACUCGGCAAGCUCAGCGGUAUCAAGUUCAUGAGCAUUUUCCGGUUCAAAGUCUGGUGGACCACCCACUGGGUCGGAACAACCGGAAACGACGUGCAGCACGAGACUCAGUUCAUGAUCCUCGACAAAAACGACUCCACCGGCCGCCCCUACGUCCUCCUCCUUCCACUUCUCGAAGGUCCCUUCAGAGCCUCCCUCCAACCCGGCACCGACUGCCACGUGGACAUGUGCGUCGAGAGUGGCUCGACACGUGUCAGUGAAUCCACCUUCCAGAGCGUUCUCUACAUGCACGUGGGCAACGACCCGUACGGUCUUGUCAAAGAGGCCAUGGAGGUGGUGAGAGUCCAUUUGGGAAGCUUCAAGCUUAUGGAGGAGAAGACGCCUCCGCCUAUAGUGGAAAAGUUUGGUUGGUGCACGUGGGAUGCGUUUUAUCUUAUGGUGCACCCCAAGGGAGUUUGGGAAGGGGUUAAGGGCCUAGUGGAGGGUGGGUGUCCUCCGGGAAUGGUACUCAUCGACGACGGCUGGCAGUCCAUUUGUCACGAUGACGACCCGCUAACCGACGAAGAAGCCAUGAAAAGGACAUCUGCCGGUGAGCAAAUGCCAUGUAGGCUCACAAGUUUCGUAGAGAACUACAAGUUCAGAGACUAUAAGAGCCCUAGUGGUAAGGGCAUGGGUGCCUUUGUUAAGGACUUGAAGGAGGAGUUUGGGAGCGUGCACUAUGUUUAUGUUUGGCACGCGCUAUGUGGGUAUUGGGGUGGGGUUAGACCCGGGGUGAAGAGCGGGUCGGGUUUUCCGGAGAGCCGGGUGAUUAGGCCGAAGCUGUCGGAGGGUUUGGAGAAGACGAUGGAGGAUUUGGCGGUGGACAAGAUCGUGAACAAUGGAGUGGGGCUGGUGGAACCGGAGAUGGCCCACAAGUUGUAUGAGGGGCUUCAUCAGCAUCUUCAGUCGGUCGGGAUCGACGGUGUCAAGGUCGAUGUCAUACACGUAAGUUCUCGAAAGCUCUCGCUUUUACUUCCACAUUCAAAAUCAAAACAUAUCAUGAAGACGUGAACCGUUAGCUUACAUGUGCUACAAACUACAAAGUGUCGCUUCUGAGGUUUCGACAUCUCACCUUAGGUCAUGAGUUAAACGGCGCGCGCAUUACAUGAAACGAUUUGAUGUCGUUUAUGACUUUUUAAGUCGGGGUGUUUU